AUGAGUAAGUGCUUCAAUGACUUCCACUGGACAACAAAAAAGCCUCUCCUGCCAACAUUCAGGCCGCCUCAUACAGUUUGAAGCUUAACGCUAUUCUUCAUUUAUUCCAUCAUUUUGGAGUUGAGAGAACUUUAUUCUUCAAUUAAACAAUUGGAAGAUAAAAGAAAGAGAAAAAUAUAUUAAAAAAGCGGUGCCAAUAUGAGAAAAUAAACCGAAAAAGAAUCGUCAAUUAUAAGAUGCAGAAAUUUCAAAAGACAAUGAUUAUCUAACGAAGAAAAUUCUUCUAAGUUUUUGUAAAUAAUUUCAAAAUACCAAAAUCAAAAGGAAUCUCUUCAUUAACAGAAUAAAUGUCUUUAUUGUUGUAAAGAUCUCUAUAGUGUCUCGGAAUUGAACGCAAAGAUAUAUUUGACAUUUCUGAAUGACAGGACUUCUAUGUGGUGCUUUGAACAGCUAGAAAUAGACAUCAGAUCUUCCAAUGUAGUCCUGGAUAUACUAUAUCUGAGAAUCAAGAUGGGAUGGUCACGACUGGGGAGUCUUUGACUAUAGAUUUGCUGGAUCAAGGCUGACCAGGGGCUGGAUAACAACGAUUACAACUACUUUUAGUACUACGUCGAUAAUAUUAGAGAAAAACCAGGCGAAAGAAAGAAAGAAAGGACAGCAACCAAAACUUUGCGAUUGUUUCUAUUCAGUUGGACUUGAAGACGCCAUUAGAUUGGAAUUUGGACCUUGCCAUUUUAUUGGAGCUGGUUUUGGAAAUAUCCCGGAUUUUUAUUUUUAAAAAAAUGUCUCACUCACUAACAACUGCUCAAAAUACUUUUCUUUUUAUCGCGAUCACUAAUUUGAUAUUUGGAUUAUUUUGGACGACUGUAACUUCGCAGAGUAACACAAAGCAAAAUUUCUGUAAACAUACUUAUGUGCAUGAGAUGGAAACGAAGUGCUCUUCUUGUGACACAGAACUUCUUGAAACAUGUGGAGAAUAUCAACUUAUACCAUCUUCGAAACAGACAUGCCGUUACUUUGAUUCUGGAACUGAAUUACAAGGCUGCCUAUGGUCGUGCAAACGUAAUGUUACCAGACGUGUGUGUUGUCCUGGAUUUUGGGGAGACAGCUGCUUAGAAUGUCCAGGUGGCGCUGAUAACCCAUGUUAUGGAAAUGGCGCUUGUGCGGAUGGAAAAUGUACCUGUUAUCCAAAAUAUGCUGGAGAAGAAUGUGAACGUUGUUCUGAAGAACUUGUCUUUGGACCAAACUGCACAGAUUGCACAUGUUUGCAUGGUACCUGUGACAGUGGAAUCCUUGGAACUGGCAAAUGUGAAUGUGAAUCUGGAUUUAAAGGCCCACUUUGUGACGAGGAAAUACCCAGAUGUGGAAAUAUACACUGUGGGAAAAAUGAAUCCUGUAGAGAAGAUGACGAAGGAAAUCCUGUUUGUAAAUGUGAAAAUGGUUACGAGAAAAACGAGAAUGGUGAAUGCCAAGCUCAGAGUGCCUGUGCCUCCUCACCUUGUCCAGUAAAUAGUAACUGUAUUGACUUAGCACCAGGAAAAUAUGACUGUAUUUGCCAUGAAAACUACAAAAAUAUUGGGCGUCGAAGAUGUGCCCCGAUCAAUCCUUGUGCUAUGAACAAUGGUGGGUGUCAGGCAGAGAACUCAUACUGUGUGUUUCUUGGCCCAGGACGGAGGCAAUGUAGAUGUAACGAUGGUUAUGAAUGGAUUGAUGGAACUGGGUGCCGUCUCAAAGAUCUUUGUCUUACCAACCCAUACCCGUGUCAUAAAUAUGCCAUGUGUAAAACAAUUCCACCAGAAGAAUUAUUGUGUGUCUGUAAAGAGGGAUAUAUUGGGAAUGGACGUACAGAGUGUAUUGGAAAUCUGGUCGAUCAAAUUGCAGACAUGAAUGACGAAGAUGAAAUUGGUAAGAACCGGUUAAAUAAUUUCCUAAUGAUGCUGCAAAAAGUCUACAAAGGUGAAUUAACGAAACACGGGAAUUAUACAGUUUUUGUGCCAUUAGACCGUGGCUUUAGUAACUUGCUUCAGGACACUACUUUUGGCAAGUUUCUGGAAAAUUCAGACCAUGUAAGACAAAUUCUACGCCAGCACAUUUUUCCUGUAAGUGUGUAUAUAGAUGAUCUCACAGACAACACGUUCUAUACAUUACAAGGAAACUUUGCCCGCUUCUUUUACAAGGGUAAAAAACUAAUUUUAAAAUUCCAAGGUUCAAGCAGGCGAAGUCGUGUGCUUGCUAUUUAUCGUGAUAUUAGAGCCUCAAAUGGACUGAUCCAUAUCGUCAACAACCUUAUGAUGAAUGAACCAGAAAUACCAGGAAACCUCAAUCAAGAUUUCGUGACUUUCAUCAUGGGGCAUCCUGACUUCCAAGAAUUUGGAUCCUGGAUUACGCGCACCGGAUUGGAGAAACAGUUUCGACGACAAAAUAUCACAGUUUUUCUUCCAAGUAAAACCUCUUUGGAUAAAAUACCAAAAAAUGUGAUGGAUUAUUUGAAGUCUAAAAAUGGAAUCGGGACAUGGAUUGGUCUUGUGAAAAACCAUCUACUUCAAACAAAACGAACUAUCACUGAUCUGAUUGAUUCAAAGAAAAUGUAUUCAUUGGGCAGAACUACAUUCCGCAUUAAAAUAUCAAGUAAUGGUCAAAUUCAUUUUGGUCCGAAUGCAAACAUGACUCAAUCAGGUGUUCCAGUGAAGAAUGGAAUUGUUCACUUAAUCGAAGGUUUACUCUUUCCUGAUGAUUUGGAAACUCUGGUGCCCCAUAACUGUGAUAAUGUAACCUUCAAAGCUGUUCAUGGAGAAUGUGGUCUGUGUGAGAGUGAUCUCCAUUGUUUGCAGCCUUCUGAUAUACCAACAGAUAAAAUAUAUAAAAACUGCACCUACCAAAUAAACCUGAAAUACACUUAUUCUAGGCGGAAAGGUUGUCAACGAAUUUGUCGUCGAAAAGUAAUUGAUCGUCAGUGUUGCCAGGGCUUUUUUGGUCCUAACUGUGAACCUUGCCCAGGAGGCUUAAACAACCCUUGCUACGGACGUGGCACGUGUUUCGAUGGAAUCAAUGGGAAUGGAACUUGUAAAUGUAAAGAAGGCUUUGGUAAGGAAGCAUGCAGGGGUUGUGCCGCUGAUGAUGUGUUUGGGCCCCAGUGUACUGAGAAAUGUACGUGUCGCUAUGGUGAGUGUGACAGUGGAGUUAAUGGCAGUGGACAAUGCAAGAAAUCUAGUUGCCAGGUAGGAUUUAAAGGACGAAACUGUGAUAGACAAAUAACCAGUUGCAAUGGGAAAGUUUCCAUAUGUCCAGCAGUCACUGAAUGCCUUGAAAAUAAUGAAAUCAGAUGUUUGUGCUGGCCUGGCUAUGAAGGGGAUGGAAACCAAUGUACAGAGAUUGACCCUUGUAAAAAUCCAAAUAUAUGUCAUGAACAGGCUACCUGUACGAAGACUGGUCCUGGCAAAAACAAUUGCACCUGUAAUGAAGGUUGGGUUGGUGAUGGCCAUUAUUGUCAUGUAGCACAUAUAUGUAUGCUGCACCGAGACUGCGACCAAAAUGCCGAGUGUCAGCUUAGUGGACCUGGUGGUUCCGUGUGUAUUUGUAAAGAUGGUUUCAUUGGCGAUGGCAAAACUUGUACCCCUCAAAAUCCCUGUAAGAUCGACAAUGGAGGCUGCCAUCGCAAUGCACUUUGUGAAAUGACUGGAAUCGGUGAAAGAGAAUGUGUAUGUCGUCCUGGUUAUGUUGGCGAGGGAUUAUCGUGUUUUUCAACGAUUAUGGGAGAAAUACGAAAUCAACCGGAUCUUUCAGAACUCUCUGAUCUGCUCAAGGAUGUUACUUAUUUCUGGGAAGAAAAUGAAAAAUAUACAUUUUUAGCUCCUAAUAAUAUUGCUGUACUGAAAUUUAAACAGCGUGCAUCAGUCUCUUAUUGGCAGGAACAAUCUAAUAUCCUUGAUUUAAUUGCGUUCCAUACUUUAAACGGCAGCUACAGCAUGGACACUUUACAGCAAAUGAACCAAGAAGAAUUCAAAACAUCCAUGACAGGUUUCAAUGUCAUGAUCGUCACAAACGAAACGAACGUCAUGGUAACAACACGAGAAACAUCAGCAGCCAUUAUUAAAACCGAUAUACUCUCUAGUAAUGGCUACAUUCAUAUAAUAGAUCAGGUUCUGGAACCUUUCCUAGAAAAUCAGGAGAGACCAUCUCUAUCAGAAUUUUUUUCUGCUCAUCCAGAAUAUUCUACGUUUUCGGAAGCAUUGCUUGAUAAUGGAUUGGUUGAUAAACUGGAAGAUAUGGAUGAUUACACCCUGUUUGUGCCUGAUAAGAAUGCCAUGCAGGAUUGCAGUCAAAAACUUGGUUUUCGUGUUCUCUCUUAUUACAUUUUACCAUUCACCCUAAUGUCAGCCUCAAUGACCAAUGGACUAAAAGUGAAGACCAGUCUGGGGCAGCUCCAUCAGCUCAUCUUCAGAACUCAAGAACAUAAGGUAUUUGUGAAUGAUGUCAGCAUUACGUUGAUGGAUGUCCUCACAGUUGGUGGCAUUAUUCAUAUCAUCAAUGGCUGUCUGGUGCCUGUACUGCAUCGUUGUGACAAUGAAGUUAUGGAGACCAACAAGACUUCUUGUAUAUCCUGCGAUGAAGAAUUCACUUGUCCACCGGAAUAUCAUAAAGUAGCUGUAUUAAAACAUGUUUGCAGUUAUAAAACCCCAGAGGGAGAAUUGCUAGGAUGUACAGCACUGUGUCGAAGGCUUAAAGUUACUCCAGCCUGUUGUUAUGGAUAUUAUGGACCUGAAUGCGAGGAAUGUCCUGGUGGUGCCGAUUACCCAUGUUCUGGUCAAGGCAAUUGUUCUGAUGGUUUGGAUGGAACUGGUCUCUGCAGUUGCAAAGCAAACUUCACAUCCUCUGAUUGUUCAACAUAUAUAGCUGGCAAUACAAAACCAGAUCAUAGUCAGAAUGACAAAUGUGGAGGAUGUCCUCCUUCUAGUGAAUGCAAACAAAACCAAAACUCUGAAUGGUCAUGUGAAUGUGCUGACAGCUAUGUUCUCACUGACAAAGACGAAUGUCGUUCUCCAUGCACAAUUGCUAAUGGCAAUUGCCAUCAGAAUGCAGUUUGUUCUUUUGGUCCUGAAGAAAAGAUCAGUGGUCAAGCAAAGUGCGUUUGCAGAAGUGGUUACCAUGGUGAUGGACUCAACUUUUGCCAACCGAUUGUUAAUCUCUGUAAUAUGAACAAUGGCAAUUGUUCACCUCGAGCUGAAUGUACUUUCAUUCCUCCUCCAGCCAAUGCCAUUGUCGCUGGUCAAGUAAAAUGUGAAUGUUACUCGUCUUAUAUUGGUAACGGCACCACAUGCAACCGAGACAUUUUAAGUACAUUGGAAUAUAUGCCAAGUAUGCGCCUCUUUUGUGAUCUUCUAAUAUUGAGGGAUGUAUCCAAUGAUAAACAAAGAAGUGAUUUAAUACAGAUGUUGGAAAAUAUUAACCAAAACCUAACGGUAUUUGUACCUGUAAAUGGAUUAGACUAUAAUCAUAAUUUAAGCACACAAGAUGUCAUGAACCAUGUUGUUGCCAGAAAGAUUUACAUUGAUUCUGACACGGAAGCCUCAUCCUAUAAAACUUUGGCAGGUCAGAGUGUUCGGUUACAAAAGAGUUCCUCAGGGGAACUCUAUAUUAUACAAGAAGAAGUGGUAGAAAUAAGAAUUCUUGAGACAAACAUCUUAAACAUGAAUGGCUACAUACACAUCAUGGAGACGCCUUUGUGGUAUGAGUAUAAAGUAACUGCUAAGGUGAAGGAGGAGGGACCUCAUCGGGUUGUGGGGGUCGUCUUAGGUGUGUUUUCAGUGUUACUCAUUAUCCUGUUGAUUGUUCUAUACAAGAAAUAUGCAUCGAAUAUCUUCCUCUGUGACAUUUGGCAAAGAUAUAGAAUGACAUCAGAUUCUGAAAUUUCAUUUUCCCACCUGAAAACCCACGAAAGCCAUGAAAUGCUUGACCAAUUAGAGCAGCCAUUAACUACAGAUAUACAGAACCAGAUCUACGACACAGAAGAACUGCUUCUUGAAGAGCGGACCUUGGACUAGCAACCCACCAAUAUUAAUGUCUGAAAGACACUUCAACUACAAUCUAGGAGGAUCUAUUGUAAAUAAAUGGCAGAGACCUUUACAAAAAUA